AUGGUCAGUCUACGCUCUUCAAAGCGGCAGCAGGAGAGAAAUGUGGGAAGCGGCCGAACAGCCAAAACGCGCGCGCCGUCGUCGUCGUCGUCCGCCGUGAAGGGCUCGCUCCACCUGCAAUCCGACGAAAACGCGUCUCACAUUCGACAGGCCCUGAGCGACAUCAAGAACGUCGCGGCCGGGCGCCGACCUGAAGCUGCGGCGAGCGGCACGCAGCGUCAACCCCUGGGCGAUCGCAACGCACCACCGCAGAGCCAACAGACUCAAGCAAAGAGCAAGGCUCGGCCUGCUUCCCAGUUGGCCGCGACUGCCAAAUCCACAUCGCGCGCUUCCGCGUCAAGGACUGCAUCGAUACGACCGAAGCGCAGUGCCGCCGAUCAAAACACCAAGGCCAAGCCGAGCACCCUCGCUCGAGCGAGGACUCUCAGCCGAGGCUCAGUGCAAGAAGUCAGCAGGACUGAGUCUCGCGCCUUCUCGCACGUCGAAGUGCCGUCGGCUUCGCACCUUCGUGAGUCGUCGGCGGGCGAUUCACUUUCGGCGCAGAUCGAGGCGGCGGCGCGUCGCACGGCCAAACCGGCACCAACACAUGCUGAGCUCAGCCGCGUGUCGCCGGCUCUCGACAGUGACGAUCUCGAGUAUUUCGACUCGAACACGCUGCCCAUGCCACGCGAGCAGCAGGAGGCACAAGACCCGAACCCCUCUUCGCAAGGAGGCGGCUCGGAUGCAGGCUCGGCCACAGUACACGGAUCCUCGGACAAGGAGAAUCUGCCUCCGCUCGCCGCUCGCGCAUCUGCCAGUAUCAGACCGCCGCCACGCGAGCGCGCAGGAGUAUUGCAAGCUUUGGAGGGCGGGCAGCCGGUGCACUCGACGCCGAUGGUGCGCGCGCGCUCUCGCGGCACCGGCGCACUGUUGGACGAUCUGUUCCUCGUCGAAUCGGAUGGCAGUCAGCCCGACUCGCCGGGCGUCGCACGCCGCGCACCGCUGACCGAAUCCGCACAGCAGCUGCUCGACUACCAGGAUCGCGGCGUGUCCAAGGUGAUGGCGUGGAAAGCCGCGGGGCGUGAUCCGGCUGCCCACCUGGCGCAGCGCGCCCCCUCGUCUCCCGGUGGCUCGAAUGCAGACUCGUGGCCGACGGAGGCCGAGGAUGAUGCGGAUCGCGCGAAGAACGUGGCGAGCGACGAGAGCGACGAAUUUGGCUUUUUCAGUGCCGAGCGCAAGAUCCGCAAGCGGGCGCAGGCGUCGGUCGAGCCCGAAGAACAAGGCGCGCAGUAUACACAGAGCAGCUCGGCUCAAUGGAUGCCGGAAGUUGUUGCAACGGACCCGUUCAACACGAGCGACGAUAGGCGGCUGGCGGAGCAGGCGUUUGCGGGCAUGUCGAGCCCGCCACUUGCACCAGCGCGUCACGAGACGCCGGGCUCGCAGCCAGCAUCGGACGGCGAGCCUGACAGCGAUGGCGAACAAAAUUCAGCAGGGCAGCCAGCAGAGGAGGACAGCGAGAUGUCGCCUGAGCCAGCGCCCGUGCGACGCUCCACGCGCGUGGAGCAAGAACGGCAACCGGCGGAAGAUUCAGAUGACGAAGCUCCGCAGGCCAAGCGGCGUGCGGCCACUGUGACGACGCGGCGCCGUUCGGAGCGGCACGCGGAUCAGAAGCAGAGCGCAGAAGCUAGCGUCGAGAGCAAGCGCAAGCCCACGACGAAAGGGGCGGCGCGCAACAAACGCGCGUCGCUGUCAUCGUCGUCGUCGGAGGUUGAAGUGGUGGUGGAGGGGCCGCGCAAGCGCAAGGCGACGACGAAAGCAGCGCGCCAGAAACCUUUGUCAGAGGACGAGGACGAGAACGAGGAGGAGGAGGAGGAGUCGCCCUUGGCGGCCAACCUGCGCAUGGACGACUAUGUCAAGCUACUCCCGCCGCGUCGGCGUGCCACCAAGUCCAAGUCCACGCCCAAGGCGCGAGCGACGCGAGCGACGGCGACGAAGCGCAAGACCAAAGCGAAGGCCAAGGCCAAGGCCACGGCCAAGAGUGACGACGACGAGGAGAGGGACGAAGUGGGGUCGUCGCCGAUUCACACGGACGACUCGGAGCGCACUAAGGCGGUCAAGCAGCUCAGAGAGGUCGAGGACUACAGUCUCGAGGUCGAGCUGGUGCUCUAG